AUGGCCGAGACGACCAAACAGAAAUCGACCGUGUUUGUCGGUGGUCUCGACUUGCAAGUCACCGCCCAGACUCUGCACGAUGCCUUCAUUCCAUUUGGAGAAAUCGUGGAUGUAGCACUUCCAAAGCCUGAACUACCAUCGAACAGAGAUCCGCACAGAGGCUUUGGCUAUGUCGAAUUCUCACUCGCUGAGGAUGCGCUCGAAGCCAUCGACAACAUGGACCAGUCAGAGCUUUAUGGACGAGUGAUCAAGGUCAACCAGGCCAAGCCGCAGAAAAACGCAGGCGAAGGUCUAGGUAGCAGGACAGCCAUCUGGGAGCAAGAAGGCUAUGCCAGCAAGUACAACGUCAACGAAGAACAAGUAGAUUCGGAAGCGAAUGGUAGAGCAGACGAUCCUAUGCAAGGUCUCGAGGGCUUGGACGAAGCUGGACCACAAAUGCAAUGA